AUGCCUAUCGAUUACUCUAAAUGGGAUAAGAUUGAACUUUCAGAUGAUUCCGAUAUCGAAGUUCAUCCUAAUGUGGAUAAGUCAUCGUUCAUCAGGUGGAAGCAACAGAGUAUACAUGAGCAGCGUGCUAAAAGGAACCAAGAUAUCAAAAACCUAGAGUUUCAAUUGGAAAUGAAUUCCCGAUUAAAUAAACGGGUAGACAAAUUACUUAAAGAUCUUCCUGAUCAAGAGCUUGUGGAUUUGGAUAUAGUGCGCAAAACUUUAAAUGCCAAUUUUGAUAAGACCGAGAAGGGAGAAGGGGACAAUGUCGAUCCAGAUAUGCCUCCCUAUAAUGAAAUGGUUGAGGAUUUGAUUGAGCAACUGCAAAAUGAUGCCAAAAAAGAGGGUAAAGACCCUGGUGACGGUUCAGUAAUCAGAUCUAUGAUCCAACAACACAGAGCCAAGAUCGAUAAUGUCUCUGAGCAAGCCAGACAAAAGUUGGAAGAACUUUACCAAGAGAAGCGUAAUUUGAUAUCAUCUGAAGAUAUUCAUACGGGUUUUGAAAAAAGCUUCGUCAAUAAAGCAAGUGAAAAAGAAGAUAAAGAGGGGCGCUUUUUGCCUCGAAAGGCAGACGCUCCUAAUGACAUAGUCCUACCUAGUCCACCACAGACUUUCAUUGAAUACCAAGAUGAUAUAAUGAAGCUUGCUCCAGAAACGGAAGAAUUCGGUAAGAUACCGGAAACUGACCUAAAGGCUUCGGAAACUUUCCUCCUGAAUCAUCUACCAAUUAUUUCGGAGCAGCAAAAAGAUGCUCUUAUGAUGUCUGCGUUUGAAUAUCAAAUGGCGGGUGAAGAGGCGAUGGCGCGCAGAGUCAUUCAUCAAUCUGAGUUAUUGGCCUAUAUUCGCGAAAUUUACGAAAUGAAAAAGAUUCCUCAUUUGCAAGUCAAAGAACUAUCAGAGGUCAUUAAGAUGUUCUUCGAAAAAGUAAUGUUCAAUAAAAGUAAUGAAAUGGGCAAAAAGUCGUUUCUAGAAUCUGUUAAUGCGAAGAUCGAGCAUGUCAAACAACGUGUCAAAGUAAUUGAGCAAGAGGAAGAACAAGAAGGAGUGGAAACCAUCCAGCUAAAAUCGUUAGAUGAUUCCGUCAAGUUAGAAGUUAAUCUACCGGAUUUUGAAUCAACUCAACAUGAAGAACAGCUUAAACAAGCAGCUUUCAAUAAAUUGCCUGUUCAAAUGCAAGACGCGGUGAGGUCCCAGAGUUUAGACAGAAUUAAUGAAGUAUUUGCGGAUAUGCCAAUUGAAGAAGCCGAGAAGGUAUUAGACCUUCUAAAUGAAGGCAACAUCAUUGCUGUGAAUGCAUUACUCGAAGAUGAAAACGAAUUCAGGGAGUUGCAGGAGCAAUAUCAUAACGAGCAGGGUAUCGAGGAUCUAUCAAUUGAUGAGAACUCAAAAGUUCAGAGUGAAGGGCAGUCAAGCCCCACAAGCACGGACGGUUUUGUAAGCACUUCAGAAGUGGUAGACUAA